AGGGCCGAUUUAGUUGUUGAUUAUUGUGUAGAUUUAAUUACUACGUCACCCGGUAAUAACGACAGGAAUAAUUUCGUGCGAGUACUUCUAAAUGAAAACAGCUGACGUCAUCAAAACAGUUUCUUCACAGAAGAUUAUCUUUAAGCUUUUUGUCCCUCUUAAAGGCUGAAUAAACACAGUUUAAGAACGUGUAUAUAAGGUGAAGUGCUCUCAAAAUUGUAAACAUACUUUUCCGUGUGUUACAUCAGCGUGUUUCACAACAAGACUUCGUAUAAAAUUCAACACUGCGCGAAUAUAUGUUUAUACACAACAGAUAAGCGGCUUUUGUGGGCGUUGCUAAGAUCAGAAUCAAGCGAUCAUCCCAAUCGUAAUCAUUUGAGGGAAUGUUCAACUGUCUCAUGAAGGAGCCAAGAUGAUUGUUUUUGAUUUUAUGAUAUCAAAACUUACUAAAAAUUACAGGUUGGGGAUUUGGAGACCAGGUUGUGGCUUCAAGCAAAAGGAUUUCAAUAAAACCAGCUCUAUUGUCCUGAGACGUUAUCAAACUCCGCGGAGGAGAAUUGUGUUAAUCUUAAAUGAGGCAGACUUUCCUUUAACUCCUCCGUACUGGUCUUAUCUACUUUCGGGACGAAUUUUUAAAGAUUUAUUUUUAAAACCGGAAAAACUGCUGGUAAAAAUAUGCAUAACGUAUGUAAAAAACAAACAGCCUCAUGUUGCUGGGAGUACAAUUUUCUCGCGGUAAACUCGUUGCAUUUUGAAAGAUUGGAAAGGAGGAGUCAGCCCCUUUAUGAAUUUGUUAGUAUUUUGUUUUUCCUUAUGGGAGUAAACGUUAUUGAUUAAGACGUAUUUUAAAAUGUAAAUUUGUAAACUCAAAAAAUCUCGAAAUAGCACGUGGUACCUGUCGAGAACACAAAACAUACAAAACAUCAAUCAAACUAUUGAAAGUAAACAAAGAAUUUCUAUAGCUAUCCUUCAAGAAGAUAAUGAACUUCAAAAGGGGCUAGCAAAUUACGUAAAUACAUUUCACAUGUUAUUAUCCCUGUGCAUGAGAAGUCUAUAAAAUCAUUUAUGAAGCGAUUCAAAGUGGGUAAAAAUUUAAUAACAAGACUGGGAUAUUUAUAACAAAUUUUAUGCAACCGCCCCCCUAAACUUGUGAAGAUCGAUUUGAUUGACAGAAAUAAUCAAUUUCAUGUCAUAGUUAUAAUUGGUGCGCUGUUACGAGUCGUCGCUCAAAAAUGAUUUAUAUCACAGCUUGAGUACUUGAGUUAAAUUGUGGCGAGCAAAAAACAACAAUAAAUAUAAACAACGCAUCGCGAGCAUACAGCUAAGCAUUGUUGAGGUAUCGAUGUUAAGAAAAUCUUGUUUUUAUAAAAACACAUUUUUGUUAGCUAACAGAAGAAAAAAAGUUUCCGAAUACAAUGUGGAAAUUAAUAGUAUUGCUGGUUUUAAAUAUAUCCUCAUUAACACACGGUCUCCAACCAACGUCAAUAUGCUGCUUACAGGCAAGAUCUUCCGAAUGUUCGAAAAACUGCAGAAAGUUAUUGCGUCGAGCGAGAAUAUUACCGACACAUAAAUAUCGUUUAAAAUACCGAUACGUCAGUCGGCGACUAACUGACGUCGUCAGAACAUGUCCACGUUCUGAGGUACAAUUCUGGCGUUGUUUGGAAAACUCCGAUAUGUGGAAAGAUUUCAGAGUGAUUUCCAAGAAGAAACAAAGAAGCCAUGCUGUCUGUUGCAAGGAAGCGUAUCAUGUUUCUUGUGAAGUUCAAUGUCUCACAACAAAAAAUGUUACACAGUUGCAGAACGAAAACUGUGAUGCUGUGAGAGAGCCAAAAUUUGCACAAUGUGUUUUCAAGGUUCAAGCGUCAAAAAGUUGCUGUCAUGACACAAGUAACAUGGAAUGUAAAAAAGCUUGUAUGCAUUAUUUUAAAAACACUGGCUCAGAUCCAGUGUUAAAAAGAAAAUCUGAAGUUAAACGAACAUGUGGAGAGAAGUCAAAACAAUUUCAGUGCAUCGUCAAUCAGUCUGAUUAUGGAUCUGUUAUCCGAGAUCUUACUCAAUGUUGUAGCAAAGGAAAAAGUAGAAAUUGUGAACAGACCUGCAGAAAGACCUUGCGGAACUCAGUAAAUUUUGGUGUUAUGUUUAACGGUUUAGAAGAACCAUGUGGUUCUUUUGAUUUGAAGGAUGCAAUGUAUAAAUGUUUUAUGGAUGUUGCGUCCACUAAACCAGCCAGAGAAACAACAAAAGAAGUAAUUGAUACUGGUUAUACGAGCAGAACAUCACAAGUGAGUACGUCAUUUAAAGCUCAAUGCUGUGCAAGAGCAAAGUCGCAACAGUGUCACUACUGGUGUUUAGAAACUAUAUCAAGUACAAACUUGAUGGGAAUGUGGGACAAUUAUCUGUCUUGUAUUCAAGAUCCUAAAGAGGUGGAGUUAUCAACAUGCAUGUCUGACAUAUUAGAGCCUUGUCAAAUUGAUGGAAAGACAGAAAUGAAAUUUUGUACUAACUUUAAUAACAGGCCUUUUGAGUUGUUUCGACGCAAUGACCAGUAUGGAGACAGUGCUGCACAAAAGUUACACAAAUUCUGGUCUGAUGGUGUGGUUAAAGUCCUGCAUUACAACUUGGUCUUCAAAAACAUUAGCACAUGUGAACCGGAAAAAUUUAAGGCAUUGGCUUGUCUUAUUGCUGUGAAGCCAUGUAGUCAUCACAUACCACAAAAACAAGUUUGCAGGUCUGAUUGUGAAUUUUUGUUGGAUAAAUGUUUGGAUAUGAAAGCGACCAGCAUUGGUGUUUUAAUCAGUAAAGUUUGUGCUGCAAUUUUACCAAAUGCUAACCAAACAGAAUGUUUAUCAGUUGGUGAUUAUAUUACAAAACCACCAGAAGUCGCAAAAACAACAAGAGGACAAGUGACACUUCCCUGCAAAAAUAGUCCCUGCAAGAGUGAUGAAGUUUGCAUGGUCAGUAAUGCAUGUGAUAAAAGAUUUGAUCCAACAUGUGAAGACUACAUUUGCGUUAAAGGUUGUCCUGUCAGUAGAAAAAACAAGUUGAUCAUACCCAUUGGUCAAUUCGCGAAGUUAAAUGUUGACGAGGAGGGAAAAGACUGUUAUCAAGUCUGUGAAUGCAAAAUCGAGCUUUCAUCUGAAUACCCUCACACUUAUUUUGGAGAUUGUCGUCAGUUCAGCUGUAACACAAAACAAAAUUGCACUUUAAAGUCCAAAAUUUUUUAUGAUGAAGAUGUAAUCUCUGAUGAUUGCAACACUUGCAUAUGUAAUGACGGAGAAGUUGUGUGUUCUCAAAAAAAUUGUAAAAGUGCAGUGAUGGAAAGUAGAAUUGAGUUACCUUGCAAUUGCACUGAUGUCUACAAUCCAAUAUGUGGAUUAAAUGGAAUGACAUAUCCCAACUCUUGUUUAGCGAAAUGUGCUCUCAUGGACACAGAAAGUUUGGAUGUUGGUGAUUGCCAAGCAGUCGAUCCAUGUGAUCCUCAACCUUGUACACAUGGUCUGACAUGUACACCAAAGAAGCAAGUGUGUUUGUCUCCUUCUUCACACUGUCCACAGUAUACUUGCUCCUUGGAAGCUGUGCGGAGAUAUCAUCUUCCAUCUCCAACAUGCAAAAAAAUCGAAUCUUUGGUUUGCGGUUUUGACGCAGUAACAUACAAAAACAAAUGUCAUGCAGAGAAGGCAGCCACAGGUGUUGAUUAUGAUGGUCCAUGUUUAUCCAAAGAAUAUUCAAAUUUAGCAGAACGAUCUAAUCGUUGUGAAAAGAUUAAAUGUCCGAAAAUGAUAGACACUAAGUGUAAACUUAUUGUUCCCCCAGGAGCUUGCUGUCCUAUAUGUGGUUUUGUAAUUCGAAUGUUAUACAGUCAAAAAGACUUGAUUCGUCACCAAAAUUAUAUCAGUUAUGAACCAAUCACUGUCGUCGAUGUCGUCAAGAUGAUGCGGCAGUUGCUAAGGGUGUCUGAAUGCAACUUGUUCGGCCAUCUUACAGUCGAUGGUGACUUUAUGUUAUUAUUAAAAGUAUCAACACGUCAACCAACACGCGGUCAAAUACACGCUUGUCAUACAGAAGCUGAGCGUUUAAAUAAAUACAUAAACAGUAAAAGUCCUGUCGUGGCUACGAACUAUUACCUUUCAGUUCUGAAAGCUUCGACAUUGCAAAGUGGUCAACAGAAUGCACUCGCAGAACGGUCGACAUCUUCGAGUGAAGCCCUGCGUAAAUGUUUCUGUUCAUGGACCUUUCUCUUUCUAAGUAGCUUUGCCAGUGUCUUUCUGCUCACCUAGCAAUAUUUUUGGUGAAAUUUGCAUUUUGUAGUUUUGUUAUUCUGCAUUUAAAAAGAAAACUGUAUAGAAAAACACUAGAUUAUCCGCUAUGGCGAAGUGUGUCCUUUUAUUUGGCAGAACAUUUUUUCUUUAGAAAAAAGACAUGCUCUCCUCCCGUUGCUCUAUUUUGUGAGGGUAACAUUGGAGAUUUCAUUGUAUAUAUCGCUUUGAUAAUUUAUUACAGUAUAUUUGUAUAUAAAUUUUAUCUAGAAAUGUAAAUAUGUAUUUUCAACAAUAUUUCUAUGUUUUUCUUUGGUAAAAAAUAUAUAUUAAUACUGAAA